UAAUUUUACUUCAAAUGAUUCUAUCUAAUGAAAAUAUAAGAUUCAUGGAAUCAAAUGAUUCCUAUUUGAAUAAAGAUACCGUUUAUUUGAGUCAAGAUACGUUAAAUGAUUCUGUAGUUUAUGAAAACAAAGACAUCCCUGAUCCAACAUCACCUUAUAUUCCCAAAAGUUUUGUAAUUGCUCUAAGAAAUUAUAUAUCGGGUGUACAGUCUUCCUCAAUUCCUCACUCACAGGAACGUAUGUGUGAUUUUAAAAAUACAAUCACUUUUGGAACUUUGGGUACUGAGGAUUGUUCAAGACAAGUUUCGGGAAUGAUUCAAGAUUUUGAUUUACUUAUCGGUCCUGCUAUCACUAAUUAUCAAAUGUCACGAACAAAAUGGGCUACUUGUUCAACAAUGAUUAUUAUCGUUACUUGCGUUAUGAUUAUUCUCUUAAGAAACGUCUGGUUGAUUUUCUUUGGUGGUCUCACACAAACUCAACGCGUUGUUGUAAGAUGUCGCUUUAUUCAUCCUUUAAUUAAUACUUGUUCUUAUGCCUCGAUUCCUUUAUCAUGUAUGACCACUUUUAUUAGUUACCUGAAUAGCAUUCUUAUCCCAUCCAUUUCCAUUGCAAGUGUCAUAAGCAAUUUACCUUUCUUUGACAAAUUUAUGACUCGUACAAAAUUUUACAACGACAAUUCUUCCGUGAAGGUUUUAAUCUGGCCGCUACUUAUAGUCAUUAUUUCAUUCUUUGCAUUCUGUGCAUAUGAUCAUUCCUCUGAUGAUCACCCUUUCGGCAAGCAAGUUUACGUUGAAAAGUACAUGCCUAUUCCUAAAGAUUACAAACCUGUCACCCCCGUUGUGCUUCCGGAAGAAGACUAUACUUAUGAUAAAAUUUAUUCUCAUUUUCGUGGUGUUUUGGACUGUCGAUUUAUUAGCAUUGAACACUCACGUGCUGUUAAGGGGUUUAUUCUUGAUGCUGAAUGUGAUUAUUAA